UUUGCCGCCGCCAUUUCUAACGUUCUCUACAUUUCCUGCGCACACUGGAACACGCACUGCGUCCGGAGAGGAGUCAAGGAAUCAUACUGGAAGUGGCCUGGAAGUGCGCUACUAAUGAAUGAAACUUCCAAUUGGACCACCGACUUCCUGAAUGAAAAGAUGCCGGGAAAUCUACUACAGCAGAGCGAGAAUGGAGGGAUGGGAUAGAUAGGGAUGCGAAAAGGAAUACAAAAACGUACCAUCGCGUGACGUCAGUUGAAAGUUUUCCGUGCGUCUUUGGGGAGGCUGCGCGUUUCCGUGUUUAGGUGGGGGCGUUAGUAGUGGGGAGUUUUAUUUUCGUUCACUGUCACAGUUUUUCCCAUAUUAAUUAUCCUUCAAAAAAUUUUCAAGUAGCAAUUUUCAUAGCAAAAGUACAAAAUCUAGCAAACAAAAAUACAACCAAAAUCCAUAGUCAAAUCCACCCCAGAUCCCCGACCACAAAAUGGUGAGGCGCAAGGUUGUCGGCGUCGGGAAGCAGCUUUCUCUUCCUGCCUACCAGCAACUGAUGUCGCAGGGCAGUAGCUUUCGUGCCCCCGCACGGCAGCCGCAGCAGGUCGCAUCGAUGGCCGAUUACUGGCAUAACAUGUGCUGGAGCAAGUUGUCGGGCGCCGUGCCACGCAUGGCUGUGGUGGCAACACCGGAACCGAGCAGUCGCCGUCUGACCCGGCUGCGUCGCCAGCUGAUGUGGUCACCCACGGAGAUUGUGAACGUGCCACAGCCCAAGAGCAUGCGCAUGGUUCAGGCCAACUAUGUGAGGCAGCAGCAACAGCAACAGCAGCAUGCCCCAGCGCAGCUUCAGCUAGGUUAUCCGCCGACGUGGGGCGGAGCUCAGUGGGAGGCACCCAGGCUCAGUCAUCCUCCUGUCGCCACCAAUUGUAGGCCAAUGAAAUCCUCAUCUUGGGGAGACUACCAGAUAGGUGCAGCCAUGGCCCAGCAGCACCAAAACUCUGCCAGCUCUCUGAACAUCAUCGAGUGUCCUGGCUGCCAGUCGGAGGUUCCUGUGUGCUACUUCGAGACGGAGUCCUCUCGUUUCGCAGCGGCCGCCAGUCGCAUUGAGCAGCAGCAAGAGGAGUUACAUCAGAAGCAGUUGCAGCUGCAGAAACUGCAGGAGUUCCACCUGUCGCCCCAGCCGUCACAGGUGAACACCCCCGUGGGUAUACUAAAGAACGCAGAGCGUCCGGAGGGGGGCCAGAACGUACCCACCGAGUUGCAUGCCAAGAAAAUGAAGCGGGUGACAAUCCAUGCGAUGAAUGGAAUGGAUGGCAAGCUUCACGAGCGGGUGCUGGCUCCUGGCAAGCCAAACCCGUUAGCUAAGCCUGGUGGGAAUAGGCGUAUCAGCCAGCAGAAGAAGGAACCGCAGAGAGAUCAGCCCCAAGGAUAUCAGCGGAAACAUCAGCCCGCCCAUGAGCAACAUCCACCAGCGUCAGUGAAGUUGCCACAGCAACAACAGAGUCCUUGUACCUUUAAUUUCGGGAAAUUCGUCAACAAUUUUAUAGAUUCCUACGAUCAUCGGAGUUCAGUUUCGGAAGGGACGGAUUCCGAUUCGGGAUCGUUUAUACUUGAGCCACCAAAUGCGGGGGAUACAGCGGUCAAGCCCAAGAAAAGCUCCAAGGUAAGCUCGAAAGCAGGAUCGAAAGCAGGAUCCCUCAAUAGGGAGCCACCACGACCCCCAGAGUGGCCUAAGGUGGAGAGAAUCCUAAGUAAAACCGAGCCAGAGAAAUCCAAGCGAAAGGGAAAGAGGUCGUCCAGACUACUGGGCGACCACCAUGGUGCCGACUCCGGCACCAGCACCAGCACCCUCACCAAAGAGAAAAGCAGGGACACACUCAGGACUCCAAAACCCUGCGUAGAGAGUGCCAGGCGAAGCAGAUUAGUGCCCAAGACCCCACACCAUAGCCAGACCUCCCUAAAGCCCGAGCAGGCGGAAUGCCCAGCAAGGGAAAAGCGCUCCAGCCUGGAUGUUCACGAAGGUAUCAGCGGCCAAGCACCCGAUUCGGUGGGCAAGAAGGACCGUAUCCGUAAGGUGAAUAUCAAUCAACUGCUGCAAAACCCGGAGCUGCAGGAUGGCAGCGUCGUUUGGCAGUCCCUUAUGCAGCUGGUGGGUCAGAUGUGUAGUCCCCUGGAGGAGGAGGAGGAUGACCAGCCGGAGAGUGAGACAUGCGAAGAGCAACGCAUGAUGGCGGGUUACGGCUCCGAUCUACGCCAAAAGAAGAAAAUGAAGAAAAAGAAGCAAUACUCCGUCUAUCUGAUGGUCAACUCUGACGAUGAUAAUGAUGAUCAGGAGUACAGCACGCCGAAGUUGGAAACGGAGUCACCAGAUAUCCUGGCUGCGAGCCACAGCCACAACCAGAUCUCGUGUGAGAGCCACAACCCCAACCAGACUCUGGACGAGAGCCACAACCAUAACCAGCAAGAUGACUACGCCAAUCAUUGCUACAGACUCUUUCAGGAGGAGCAAUGCAAGCCUAUGCGCCGCAAGCGGAAGCGGCGUUCAGUCAGCCGCAUCAAGGAGCUCGCCUACCCAUAUCCCAUGCCCCCACCUAACCAAGUCCUGCGCCGACCCCUGCACUGGCCGAAGCCGGAUAUGUCCAAGCCCCAGACGCGUCUGCAGCGCCCCCGAUCGACAGCCAAGCCGCCCGCCCAGAAACGACGCCAGCGAUCCAUCAGCACGGUCCAGCAGCAGCUGCAUGCCCAGCGACAGUGGGAAAAGAUUCCGCUGGCCACUGCAAGUUGCAUGAUGUACCCCAUGAUGAACAGUGCGAUGCGACACCAUUUCUAGGAAUCAGAAGCUGGGCAUCCUUGCUGCAUCGUCAUUGUGUGGCGUUUUUGUAUCGUAGAGCGAGUAUGCGUCCAUUUGUUAUGUCCAAGACAGACCAUAGACAAAGUCCAAGUCAUUGAUUUGCAUGCUCCCCCUUGGGACGAAACUGUGCCCCAGGCUUUUUGUCUAUGGCCUGAUUCUGGAGGAGAUUCCAGAAAUUUGUAGUGAAAUAAAGGCCCAAAGUAUGCCCCAUAGCAACUCCCCACCC